UAAAAAGAAAAAAGAAAACUAAUUUUAAGUGCCAAAGCUAUUUCUCCGAUCCGGCAGCUUCCACUUCAUUGAAACGAACGCUUUCUCCUUUGCAAUUCUCUCUUGCGAUGAAUUUUGGAGUUUCCUCUUCUAUGGACGUUGCUGCCACCUCCAUUCCAUCGCUUCACUUCUCCUUCAAGUCCAGCGCUGCGAUCUUACUUCAAGCUCCUAGAUGCCGGAAUGUGUGUUCCGUGAGCUUAUUUUCCGGUUUCCGCCGGUUUGGGCUAAGGAUCAUCUCUGUCAAAGCUGAGCAGUAUUCUUCUAGAGUCACGGACGAUGAUUUCAUCAUUGAAGACGUUCCUCACUUGACUGACUUUCUUCCUGACUUACCGUCAUAUCAAAAUCCACUGAAAAACAGUCAGGCUUAUGCAAUUGUCAAGGAAACAUUUGUAAAGCCAGAAGAUGUUGUUGCACAAAAGAUUGUGGUUACGAAAGAUAGCACUAGAGGAGUACAUUUUCGGCGAGCAGGUCCUCGUGAAAAGGUUUAUUUCAAGCCAGAUGAGGUGCGUGCUUGUGUAGUAACAUGUGGGGGAUUGUGUCCUGGGAUUAACACUGUAGUUAGGGAGAUUGUCUGUGGCUUGAACUAUAUGUAUGGUGUUAAUGAUAUACUUGGAAUUGAGGGAGGAUACAGAGGGUUUUACUCUAAGAAUACACUAACAUUGACACCAAAAGUUGUCAACAAUAUCCACAAACACGGUGGUACGUAUCUUCGUACUUCACGAGGCGGCCAUGAUACAAAUAAGAUUGUUGAUAACAUUCAGGAUCGUGGAAUAAAUCAGGUGUAUAUCAUUGGCGGUGAUGGUACUCAAAGAGGAGCAGCUUUAAUUUAUCAGGAAAUUGCAAAACGUGGUCUUCAAGUUGCUGUUGCUGGAAUCCCCAAGACGAUUGAUAAUGACAUUGCUGUAAUAGACAAAUCUUUUGGGUUUGAUACUGCGGUUGAGGAAGCACAGAGAGCCAUUAACGCUGCUCAUGUUGAGGUUGAAAGUGUAGACAAUGGAGUUGGAAUAGUUAAACUUAUGGGUCGAUAUAGCGGUUUUAUUGCCACAAUUGCAACUUUGGCUAGUAGAGACGUGGAUUGUUGCUUGAUUCCUGAAUCACCAUUCUACUUGGAAGGGACUGGAGGGCUCUUUGAAUUUAUAGAACAGCGGCUUAAAGAGAAUGGGCAUAUUGUUAUUGUGUUAGCAGAAGGAGCAGGACAAGAUUUUAUAGCUCGAGAUAUGCAUGCAGCUGAGGAGAAAGAUGCGUCAGGAAAUAGAUUACUACUCGAUGUUGGUCCGUGGUUAUCUCAAAAGAUUAAGGAUCAUUUUACAAAGGUUCAGAAGAUGGCAGUUAAUAUGAAAUACAUAGAUCCUACAUAUAUGAUUCGAGCUAUUCCUAGUAACGCCUCAGAUAAUGUAUACUGCACUCUUCUUGCUCAGAGUGCUGUCCACGGUGCCAUGGCUGGAUACACUGGCUUUACUGUUGGACCUGUAAAUAGCAGACAUGCUUAUAUUCCAAUUGCUCGUGUUACGGAGACGCAAAACACGGUGGAGUUAACUGGUAGAAUGUGGGCAAGACUUCUUGCGUCUACCAAUCAACCUAGUUUCUUGACAGAUAGUGAGGCACUGAAAGAAAAAGCUGCUGAUAUCAACAACGUCGAUAUUUCUGCUCAGAUUUAAUGGCCAUAUAGUUCAACUCAAUUUGAACCAGUCUCAAAUCCAGAUUCUUUCAUGUUGCCAGUCAGUUUGUUGGUAUGGAAAUUCAGAUUUUUUAUGAGUAUUCUUUGACAUACAAUCCUAGUGGAGCUUUAAACGACAAUUGGUUCUUGCCAUUGUCUCCCUCAGCACUCUCUUCUCAUUGAGACGGCAGGGACAAGGCAGCUGCGAGCUGAGUGAAAGGAAAGGGACAAUUCUGGGCCAAUGGAAGUGACUCAACUUCAUCCUUUUUAUUACAUGUAAGGACAAGCGCAGCCUCUUUUUUGUCUUUUACUUCAUUUAAUGAUUGCUGGUUGACACUUAGAUUAUAACUACUUCUUUUAUUUUCAUUUAUUAUAUAUCUUUUAUGACAUUAUCUUAAUACAGAUAUUUUGCUUCAUAGUUAUAAAGGCCAUUGACAAGUAGAUUUAGGAGGUGUUUGGUCUAUGAAGUUAGAAUUAGUACACCACUCUCUUGUUUCUUUCACUGAGUUUGUCAACCUCAUACACACUAAAAAAAAGUAAUUCAUUUCUUUUCGGAAAAACCUUUCCACUAUUAUGGUAGAAAUAAACAGAAGAAUAACAGAAAAAUUAAAAAAAAAAAAAAAAAACAAUAAAACUAGAAACACAACAAUUAUCAUGAAAAAUUCCAUUCUUGGAAGAAACAAUAUAAAAGAAAGAAAUGUACUAUGUGAAAAGUCGUUACACUCACUUUGAAUAAUUUUCUCCCAAAUCUCCUUUACAAGAACAUGUUGAAGUUAAAUUAAUCUAAACUUAAUACAUGAAUUUGCAUUAUUAAAUAUGCAUGAAUAGGUGGGAUACAUGGAAUAGUUAAUAAUCACUAAAUACAUUGAUAUAUGAAUAGUCACAUGUAUUGAUAUUUAUUGUUAAUGACUUUUAAUAUACUUUUCUACUAGUAUAAAUAUGUGUAAGGUUUCUCAUUUGUAAAUAAGAAAGAAAGAAAGUAAGAAAUUCAAGUUUAAGAAA